GGGAGGCCUCCGCGCACGCUGCGCUCGCCUCCCGUCACGGCCGCAGUGACUCGCAGGGGUGGGUCCAUGGCGAGUGUCCGGGGCCGCGUCGGGAGCCAUGGAGAAGAUCCCCACUGUGGGCCUGGGCACCUGGAAGGCAUCUCCAGGAGAAGUGACUGAGGCAGUGAAGGUGGCCAUUGACGCUGGGUACCGGCACAUUGACUGCGCUCACUUAUAUCAGAACGAGACUGAGGUGGGACUAGGAAUCCAAUACAAGAUCAAGGAGGGUGUUGUGAGACGAGAGGACCUGUUUAUUGUCAGUAAGCUGUGGUGCACCUACCACGAGCCAUCUUUGGUGCAAAUAGCAUGCAAAAAGAGUCUGAAGUCCUUAAAGCUGGAUUACUUGGACCUCUACCUGAUGCAUUGGCCCAUGGGUUUCCAGCCUGGAGAAGAAGACCUCCCUUUGGAUCCCAAUGGUAUGGUUAAACCCAGUGACACAAACUUCCUGGACACAUGGGAGGCCAUGGAGGACUUGGUGAUUAAAGGGCUUGUGAAGGACAUUGGCGUGUCAAAUUUCAACCAUGAACAGCUUGAGAGGCUUUUGAAUAAGCCUGAUUUGAAGAUCAAGCCAGUGACUAACCAGAUUGAGUGCCAUCCAUAUCUUAAUCAGAAGAAUCUGAUUAGUUUUUGUAAAGCCAGAGAUGUGUCUGUGACUGCUUACCGUCCUCUUGGUGGCUCCAGGGAGGGAACGGACUUGCUGAAUAACCCCACAAUUCAGAGAAUUGCAGAGCACUAUGGCAAGUCAUGUGCUCAGAUUUUGAUCCGGUUUCAGAUCCAGAGAAAUUUAAUAGUGAUUCCCAAGUCUACCAACCCAAAUCGGAUUCAAGAAAACAUCCAGGUGUUUGAUUUUGAAUUAACAGAGGAUCAUAUGGAUGAAAUCAUGAGUCUGGACAGACACCUCCGAUUGGUCACCUUCCCCACAACUGAAAACCACAAAGACUACCCUUUUCACAUAGAUUUCUGAGACAGCAUCCCUUCUCCUGGUUGCUGCUCUGCUCACACAAAUUGGAUGGUUGGCACCAUUGAGCCACCUCUGCAGAGGCUCUGUGGUUGCCCUAGACCAGUUGUAGCCAGGGAUGGGACAACAGAGUGAGUGUGGGUGGAGGCUUCCCUGGAGCAGAAGCCUGGUUCUCUGAGAAAUCCAAAGAAUUAAGUGUCAUCUAAGUAAUGGAAAGAGUGUAGUUCUGUGAGUGGUUGGGAACUGUCCAGGGAAUCCACACAGUUCCUCAGGAUCAUGUAAUGCAAUGUAAUUUCUACAAGUCAGUCCAUGCAUUUGCCAUGCUCCAAAAAGAGAUAUCCAGCCUCCUAGAUGAGAGGUCGUAGAUCAUUUAAGUGCAGCUUUUCUUUAGAAUUUAGGGUGUCAAACAAAGGGAGGGUGUUAUGGUUCAGAUCUGAGUGUCCCCCAAAAGCUCAUGCCUUUUAGGCAACGUAGCAUGUUUAGAGGUGAAAUGAUUGGGUGAUUGGGUCAUGAGGGCUCUGACCUCACCUGUGGAUUAAUAAUUCGACUCCAUUUACUGGGAGGUGGUGAAAACUGUGGGCAGGUGGGGCAUGGCCUUAGGGAUUGUAUCUGUCCCUGGGCCCUUCCUGUCUCUCCAUCCUUCCCAGCUGCCAUGAGCUGAGCAGAUUUCCCGAGCUAGCACACCAUGGAUGAGUCCUCUGAAACCAUAAGCCAAAAUAAAUCUUCCCUUCUCUAAGUUGUUCAUGUUAGGUAUUUUGAUCACAAUGACAAAAUGCUGAUGUAACACAGAGGAGAGGUUCAAGGAGCCAAAAUUCCUUUACAUGUCUACCCAAUACUUGCAGUUUAAGAAUUAUCCUUUCCCACUGAUUAAAAUUGAAAAAAACAACACCUGCAUAGGAAUGCAAAGAAUGGCCAGUUGGGGUACUUUCAAUUAGGCAUUCAAAUCUUCCUAACAUGCUCUAAAAUUUUGAGAUCCCAUUUUGUUUCUUAUCAGUCUCUCAAGAGCAAAGAAAUUACUUCAAGUCCUGUCACAAAAUCAUCCGUGUGUUUUGCUUUGACAAGUGUUUCUGGGCAUAGGAUUCUUUGUUUUUUUUUUUUUUAACUUGGCAGAUAGCCUUUGCCUUGGUUUGUCCAACCUAUGAUCAGACUUUCUUUCCUUGCAUGGAAAUUGCCUUGUGCCUGGCAGGUACUGUGGUGGUGACCAUGCCUGUCUGUGACCAGGUAACCUUCCCACAGGAGACUAUCUUCAGAGACUAGAGUCUCUGAAGUCAGAUGGUGAUAAUGAUAUUAGUGGCUUUUAAUUUGAUGUCCCAUCCUCACCAUUUGGAAUGCUUAUUUUUGCUCUUAGAAGAUUUUCAGAAACAAUUAGGGAGAAAAAGAGUAAACUAAAUCAAUUGUUGAUACACAUUACUAACCAAAAAUAAAACCAAAAUUAAGGUGCUCACAAAAACAAGAAACUUUCAAUUAGGCAUUAAAAAUCAGACAAAAUAUUGAACUAGGCACACAGAACCAAAAGAGAACUCACCAGAAGAUAAGGAUAAACGCACAGAAUGUGAGUUCUGUGAAAUCUGACUUCUCACCAGGGUGGUGUCCUUGGACCUGAGAGGGCUUGUUAGAAAAGACAGAAGAUGCCUAUAAUCCCAAAAAGGGGGGCAAGGUCUUUUUCUUAAGGUGACCUUAUUCAAACCAGAUGCCAAGGAGUUAACAGGGAACAUCUCCGAGAUCCACCAGAAGAAUCAGGAGCUUGCCCUGAAGUGAGACUCGCCAGGCCAGAAAGAGCAAGUCACAGCCAUGGAGAGGACUAAGACGGAACCUCAGAGCCACACUCAGCCCCAGGACCAGCCCGGCAUCAGGAGCGGCACCAGCAAAAGUCUCACUCCGACACCAGAUAUGCCAGCCUAAGUGACAAUCAGACAUUCUCUAAAGAGCAAGGACACGCACCGGGGAAUGGCAGAGUGCUGUCACGGGAGUACUGUGAGGAGCUGGGCAAGAGGACCUGGCACUAGCAAUGUGUCUGACUUUGGUAUCAGCUUAAGCUAAGCUGGGUACAUUUUAGCUUAGUGUCACUUUUGUCUUAACCAGUUGUUAGAUCCCUCCUCCAGGCCCAAAUUGUGGGGCCCACUUGGUAUCAUUGCCACCCAGGACAACUCUUCUGUCAGUUCCCCUGAUAAAUUGCACUUCAUGCACUCAGGGUCUGCCGGCUCAUUGCAGUGUCAGAGCACCUUGGAGCUGAGUCUCAUGCCCUGGGACCAAAUUGGUCCAGAACAUGAACACUAUCAACAUUUUCUUGUUUUCAGACUAUGACACAAAAUUAGAAAAAAAAUAUGCUUUACGGUUAAUAAGGUAAAAGUUACAUGUCAGAUGCCACAUUCCACAAGCUUUUAUAUCCAAAUAAAAAUACAAAGCCACAUGAAAAUCUUAGUUUGUUUAUAAAAGCAGAAAUUUUGUUGAACAGAUUUUCAGAUGCCAGUGCACUACAUAUUGAAAUCAAUUUUCAAAAGUUAUACAGCCAGCUCAAUGUUUAUAGCAGUGCAGUUCACAACAGCCAGGUUAUGGAACCAGCUCAGAUACCUUUCACAGCAGAGUUUUACUCAGUCAUCAAGGAGAAUGAAAUAUGUUACUUGCUGAUAAAGGGAUAGACCUGGAGAACAUCAUGCUAAGUAAAAUAAGCCAGAUUCAGAAAGCCUAGGAUGGAAUGUUUUCUCAUACGCAGAAGGUAGACCAAAAUAAAGAAAAAAAAGAGGAGGGUUGAGAAAUCCCAUGAAAAUACAA